GGAUUGUCUUAUACCAAAAAUCCACCCCAUAUCAUUCAUCCAAUUAAAGCCUUCAUUGACCAGUCUGGACCUAACCCAAACCCUAAUCCUAACACAACUUAGCUAAAAACCAAAGCUCCCCAACAUAAAGGGAUCUCCUUCGCCCAACUUAUCUCUUCUCUUUCUUCAUUUUCCCUAUUCAUCUACUGCUCCAAAUCUAAACCGUUGAACAGAAGAGAAAAGAUUAGUAGGUGUGCAACACCAAAUGAUAUGUAUAAUACAUGACUUAUCAUAUGAGCUUAGAGAUUAGAAAUAUGGUUGACUAGUGAGCUUCUUCAGCUGAAUUUUUUUUUUUGGGUGAGUUCACUUCGCCUUUCCAGAUCUAUUUACACAACUGUAAAGUUCAGCCUGAAAUUUUCAAAUUUCAAGAAAGCUCUAAGCUCAAAUUGGAGGAAAAGAAGAAUAACAAACUAAAAGGAUGGAUCAUAGUCGUCCACUACCACCUCCUUUUCACACAAGAAAUCUUCAUCUUUCCAACCAAUUCCAUCAUUUGCAACAACAACAACAACAUACUGACGACGAACAACAAAAUGAAAAUCGAGACCAACAACGAGGUGGAGAUGACGAUUUUAGCUUUGGGAAUACAAGAGAGGGUGGUGGUGAAGGUACUAGAAGACCUAGAGGAAGACCAUCUGGCUCUAAAAACAAGCCAAAGCCGCCUAUCAUAAUUACUCGAGAUAGUGCCAAUACCCUAAGAUCUCAUGUUAUGGAAGUUUCCGACGGUUGUGAUAUCCAAGAAAGUAUCUCUACUUUUGCGACGAAACGCCAGCGAGGCAUUUGUGUUUUGAGCGGUAGUGGGACGGUCACAAACGUCACGCUGAGGCAACCGGCAUCUCCGGGAGCUGUGCUGACUUUACACGGAAGGUUCGAGAUUCUCUCCCUUUGUGGUUCUUAUUUGCCACCGCCAGCACCAUCAGCAGCUUCAUGGCUGACGAUAUACUUGGCCGGAAGCCAAGGCCAAGUGGUUGGCGGUGGUGUGGUGGGACCACUACUGACGUCUGGUCCAGUAGUAAUCAUGGCGGCUUCCUUUGGGAAUGCCGCAUACGAAAAACUUCCUCUCGAGGAUGAAGAAUCACCAGUAGCGCAAGGAAUUGCAAGUACCCAGCAACAAGAUCAGCAAAUUAUGGCUAGUGAGUCUAAUGCUUCUUUCCAAGGAUUUCCUCCAAAUCUUUUAAAUUCAAGUCAAUCACAAGCCGAGGCUUAUUGGGAAAAUUCAGGGCGUCCUCCUUAUUGACAAAAAUGAGAAAGUUAAAUUUAGUUUUAAUUCUUUUUGCACUUUUCUAAAGACAUGGCUCCAAUUCUAUUACUGCUUGGAUCUCACUUUGCAUCACUUCUUUGGCAAGUAGUAGUCGAUUCAACAAUUCUUUGUUGUUUUUCAUUUUAUGACAACAGUGCUUGCAGUUAAUGAAGCUUCUCUUCUCUGA